AUGCUGCCUUCACAGGAAGCCUCCAAAAUCUACCAUGACAACUACAUGCGCAACUCCAGGAGCAUCGGUGUCCUGUGGGCCAUAUUCACCAUUUGCUUGGCCAUCAUCAACGUGGUGGUCUUCAUCGAGCCCUACUGGAUUGGUGACAGUGUCAGCACCCCCCAGGCUGGCUACUUUGGCUUGUUCAACUACUGCGUGGGCAAUGGGAAGGUGGACAGGGACUUCUUGUGCCAGGGCAGCUUCUAUGACUUCAGCUCCAUCCCGUCGGGAGCCUUCAAGGUGGCCUCCGUCUUUGUGUUGAUGUCCAUGGUGCUCAUCCUCAGCUGCAUCGGCUCUUUUACUCUCUUCUUCUUCUGCAACACUGCCCUGGUCUACAAGACGUGUGCCUGGACACAGCUGCUUUGUGCUGUUUGUCUGGUGCUCGGCUGUGUGAUCUUCCCGAACGGCUGGGACGCAGAAGUGAUCCGGGACAUGUGCGGAGAGGACACAGGAAGGUACACUCUGGGCAACUGUUCUGUGCGCUGGGCCUACAUCCUCGCCAUCGUCGGCAUCCUGGACGCCCUCGUCCUCUCCUUCCUGGCCUUUGUGCUGGGGAACCGUCAGAGUGAGUUCGUGCAGGAGGAGCUGAAGGCCGACAGCAGAGACUUUGCUGUAUCAAGGAUUAUAAUCAGAGAAACCCGGGAUGCAAGAUUUGGAAUCCAGCGCUUCCACUGA